GUGGCUAAAGUAGCCUCCCUCCAUUAUCUUACCCACCAUGGACUAAUCUUAAAGCUAAAUCUACCAUAAUAUUCUUCCUCCCACAACACCAAGUUACCAACAACAGCGGCAACAACAUGGAAGAUCUCAUUGCCCAAUUCAGCUUCCUCUCCAACCAAGCCUUGCAAGACAAAACCUUCGACCCCUCGACGAUCGAGGACCUCAUGAAGCUGUUCGAGCUCGAAGCCUACAACUCGUGGGCCGCAGUCGAGCUUGAACAGCAACAAGAGCUGGAAGAAGCUGAGCGUGCCAUGCAGGAAGCGGAGGAGUACAUGGACUCGGUGAUGGAGAGCGCCAUGGACGAGUUCAGACGCUUCGAGGAGGAGAUGGAACGCAUGUCGAAAGCGGAAUUGGACAAACUGGAGGCGACGGCGGAAGGGGCUAGGAGGAUGGGGAUGGUGGUGGAAAAUGCAGCAACUGUUGCUGCCAAGAGGUAUAUUGAGGCUGCACUCAACUCUGCUACUGCUUCAAUGAAAUCGGCUUGGAAGGGCAUUUCUGGUAAGAAGGUUCACCCUUCUUAAUUAAUCAUGUAUUAAUUGGAUUCAAAGUAUAAGUACUGCCUUUGUAUUUGCUUAAUCAUCAUGUAUUAAAACUGGGAUUUGGGCCAUGGCAGUGUAAAAUAAUGAGGCGUUUUGGAAUUAAGGAUAAUAAUCUUCUACAAAAUACAGUUGAGAAUAAAUCAAUACUUUCUGAAA